AUGGACACUGAGGCGGAGGCUGGCCCAUCCCAAGGGCUCGUGUCAAAAUGGCAUCAGAAGGAGAAGAUAAAGACUUCUGCGGUGGCCCUUGUGGUGUGCCUGAACAUUGGCGUCGACCCUCCCGGCGUCUUGAAGAUCUCGCCCUGCGCCAGGAAGCACUGCUGGCUGGACCCUGGAGCGAUGCCCGCCCAAAAAGCCCUUGACUGCAUAGUCAAAAAUCUUCAGGCUCAAUAUGAGCGAUGGCAGCCAAGGGCGAAGUACAGGCACUGCCCUGACCCAACCGUAGAGAAUGUCCGCAAGACCUGCACCACCCUGAGGCGGUUUGCGAAGAAUGAGCGUGUGCUGUUCCACUACAAUGGCCACGGGGUUCCCCGGCCAACAAACAAUGGAGAGAUUUGGGUCUUCAACAGCCAGUACACACAAUAUAUCCCCCUGUCCAUCUAUGACCUGCAGACAUGGGUUGGCAGCCCAGUCAUUUAUGUCUUAGACUGUCCCUCAGCUGGGACGAUCGUCAAUUCCUUCAAGGCGUUCAUGGAGCAGGGAAAAAGAGAUGCGGGUGCUGUGGGUUAUUCCCCAUUUGCCUGUCACACAGGAGACCCGAUGAAGGAUAUAAUCCUGUUGGCAGCAUGCAGGGCAAAUGAGACACUGCCACAGGACCCUGAACUUGCAGCCGAUGUGUUCACAGCAUGCCUGACUACCCCAUUAAAGGUUGCCUUGAGGUGGUUGCUGCCCAGGAGCUUAGUGAGGGACCAGACAUUGACAGCAGACAUGGUGGACAACAUUCCAGGGUACCCCAGUGACAGAAAGACGCCUCUGGGAGAGCUAAAUUGGAUCUUCACAGCGAUCACAGACACCAUAGCCUGGAAUGUGCUCCCAAGAGAUCUUUUCCAGAAAUUGUUUCGCCAGGACCUGCUCGUGGCUUCCUUGUUCCGCAACUUCCUUUUGGCAGAGCGUAUAAUGUCAGCUUCAGGGGUAAUGCCUAUAUCCUACCCCAGGUUGCCACCAACAUACCAACAUCCUAUGUGGCAGUCAUGGGACAUGGCAGCCGAGCAGGUUCUGGCACAGCUGCCAACGCUCUUGCAGCAGAGUCAACAGAACACGUUCAAGCCAACUACAUUUUUUGCUGAGCAGCUCGAUGCUUUCCGCCUCUGGCUGAAGCAAGGGUCAAGGCACAAGCCACCACCAAGGCAACUGCCAAUAGUGCUCCAGGUAUUGCUGAGUCCUGUUCAUCGACUGUGUGCCCUGGAGCUGCUGAAUGGCUUCCUUGAGCUGGGCACAUGGGCAGUGGAUUUGGCUUUGUCUGUUGGGAUCUUUCCGUAUGUCUUGAAAUUGCUCCAGACGACGACACCAGACCUCCAGCACACUUUGAUAUCGAUCUGGGCCAAGAUUAUGUCCCUCGACAGUGCAUGCCAGGUUGACCUCGUGAAGGACAAUGGCCACCUGUACUUUGUCCACUUCCUUGAAAGUGCAAUGGAACCUGGACAGGCUGACCUCAAGGCCCUUGCCGCAUUUAUACUGGCUGUGAUGUGCAGGAAGCAUCCCAAGGGCCAGCUUGUGUGUGUCGAGGGUGGCCUACUGUCCAUUCUUGGCAAACUGCUGGUGCAAGUGACGCAGGACACACCACCAGCGCUGGCCAAUAUGUGGAAAUGGGUGAGCAUGUGCAUAGGAAGUGUCUGCGAAGAUAGACCCGAGGCCAUUGUCAAGGCUCUCCAGGAGAGUUUGCCUGAGGUGCUCACUAGGUUUCUACAAGUGGGUGACCCUGAAGUGCGCGCUGCAGCGGUCUUUGGCAUGGGGGCUAUGAUUCAGUCAGAGCAUUCAAACAUGGACGGGGUGGGGCCUGAAUGGAUAAUCAACGAACGUGCCAUUGCUUCAAGACUAUUACUGGCCCUCUACGAUGGAAGUCCCAUGGUCAGGUCCGAGCUGGCGAUUGCCCUUCUGAGGCUGGUUAUGAAACCAGGGCAUGCCAUGUUUCUGGAGGGGCACUUGACCAAGUUCCAGGAGAGUGCAGCACAGCAGGUCAGGGCUCUUCAGCGCCAUUUUUCACCUGGUCCUACAGCCUGGCAACCUGGGUCCUCGUCGGCACCCACCUCACCUAGUUCGAGAGUCGACGCACAAUCGGAGGUGCUCAGAUGGGCUGUGAACAAUGCCCAACAGUCGUAUUCUGACUCCAGGAGCGACGAUGGCAUGAUCGCUUCAGGGGGCAGGCUUCCAGAAGACUUGUCCGAAAUGCUAACAGGGCCACAAGGUGUUUCAGAUGUGGAGAAGCAUCCAUUUUCUCUCUAUUUCCAAGCAGAAGAUGAUUCUGACGGCACGGAGGAGGCCAGGGGGACGGACACUGGUGUGUAUGCCCACAUCGUGGAGGCCAUCUACCUCCUGGCCACAGAUCCUGCUCCAGAGGUGGCCAGCAUAGGCAGGCAUGUGUUGCACGUUCUCCAUUGGGAGCUCAUCCCUGCUGGAGGAGAUAAGAGAAGAAUUGGAAGGCAUCGGCAUUCAUACUCUGCUCCGCAUAUGCAAAGCACCGGCUCUCUCCGAUCCCGCUGGAAGACAGUUUUCUCCUCUUUCAGCAGCGCCGCCAGUUCUCGAACUGUUUCUGAUUCUGGUUCCUCUCAACACGAUGCACAAGAACAGGCACAACAGCUGCAGGUGCACCUGGACGUGAUGUCCAAACAUUGCCAGAGGGCACCACACACACUCAAGAAAUUGGAGGAUCACUCAGCUGGCAUGGGUGGUUCACUGCAUCACCUCCUCAGAGGUUCCAGAGGAGUUCACGGGUCUGCAGAGCAGGGCUUGGGCCAGGAUGGGCUGCCUGAAUCGCUUGUCUUCAAACUGUGCCGUGAACGUAUUGCUCAAAGCUCACAAAUGCAGGCACCUGCCAAUCAUGCUCCCUCAGGGAGCAUCAGCCAAGGAUGGCCACCUCCAAUCCCACCUCCUGGACACACACGACAGAACUCCAAGUCCCUAUCCUCCUCCCAGCUGCAGCACUCAAGGGCCCACAAGGUCAAAGACAAGGUUGUGAACAUCGAAACAGGCGCUGAGUCCAUUGGGUUCGUGCUCUUUGACAGCGAAGAGCCACUCGUCUGUGCUGCAGACCGACAAGGCACAGUCCACGUGAUGGACUACUGCAGGAACACUCCUGUGAACUGUUUUCAUGUGGGAGCAGGUGUCAAGAAUGGCUCCAAAGAUGUGGAUCUGCUGCCGACCGAUCCAGUUUCCGUCUUCCCCUUGAAUGGAGACCGCCUUGACAUGCUGAUGAUCUGCUCAGCUGACGGCGCUGUACGCAUUUGGAAGGGAUGCACAUCUCCCAGCGAAGCACAGAUCGUCAGCGCAUGGCAAUCUGUUCGCGUCACAUUGCCCCCUGAAUUCGUGCUACAGCCGGCAGCAUUUGAAUACCAGUCGAGCUCUGGCGACCUGUUCUCCUCUGGUGGUGGAAAUCCUGGAAUGGUGAACAGGUGGAACUUGGAGUAUGGGAUCCAAGUGCACCAGAUUCCUGUUGAUAAAGACUUUCGGCCAAGUGUCGACGUCCUCCGGACAUUUCCUGUGACGCCUGACAUCCUUGCAGCUGGAUGUUCUGAUGGGCUACUGAAGAUCUUCGACCUGCGUGCGCCCAAUGGAGCAAUGGGAAGCAUGCGGCCCUUCUCGCACCAGCACCCCAUCGCAGGCAUGUGCACCUCAACAAGUGGUCUGCAGGAGCGGCUGGCCAUCGUGUCUCAGGGCGGCGCCAUGAAGCUGCUGGACUUGCGCGGCUUCGGUGGCGGAGAGCCGCACCUGGACAUGGGUGUAGUGAAGACAUUUCAAGCCCACUCCAGCGGAGGCGUCAGCGCCCUUGCGGCCCAUCGGAGAGUGCCCCUCUUGGCUUCAGGAACGCUGCAGCCAGUGGUGAAGUUUUGGACCUUUGAUGGAGACCAGAUUGGCGCCGUGCGCCCCCGGCGACAAGGCCUGGAUGGGGCCCAGGGCCCGGUCACUUGUGUGGCGUUCCACCCACACAAAAACAUGCUGGUGUCGGGCGGCAAAGGGUCCGUUUGCGCCAUCUACUCGCUGGGAGGGGCCCGGGAAUCGGCCACACUUGCUGAUGUGGCAUCUGCAGGAGAGGAAUCGUCCAUCGCGACUGAUUGA